UAGGCUGAUCGCACACUGUCACGCGGGAUGUAACGUCAGUUCCCACACAAAAUCAUACGUGCCUUUGCAAGUACUAGAAAGCAUACAUAGGCUACUGAACGUCCGACACUGUUUGACGACCCAAAAAUGCUAGAAUAGUCUACGUGCAAUUAAAUAGGCCUAUUAACUUCAGUCAUUUUUUGUAGAGAAGAACGCAUGCCAAAAUGGAAAUCUGAUAAACUGUUGAUAAGAUGUAGCCUAGUAUUUGCCAAAUGAAUUAAUUCACGAGAUGACAUUUUCUUCUGACGUUAGUUAUCUUGAUUAUUGUUGGCCUAACUAGCACGAAUCAUCCUUGUAUUGUAGGCUAGGCUGUUCUAUCAAGUUAUCAACAAGCGUAGCCUAUCUGAUAUUUUCGCACAUUAACAAUAUCUUUCUUUAUGGUCUAGGCGUUUAUUUAUGAUAAGCACUUUAUUUACUUUUAAUCUACAUUUUAAUGAAUUAUAUUCCGUAUGUACUCAACCCAUAAUUGUAUUAAAAUACUGAAUAGCCUACUAAUUAUGCAACUGAAAGCUCGCAUUGCCAUGGAAUCACUGACUUAUUAGUAGGCUUUUUAAAAGACCUGAUUUGAAUUUUUGCUCCUGUAAAUUUACAGUGGGGUGUUUCCCACAGAUUGUCUCCAAUUCUUAAUUGAACUUCUUCAGUUCAAAUUCUUAAUUGAACUGAAUUUUUCUUCCAAUGGUAGAUAGGCUAUUGCUGUGAUUAGUUAUCAUUCUUCCGUCCAAGAGGCUAGCGACGUCAAGCUUAGACUAAUGAUUGUCUCCUGCCUGUCUGAGCUUAUGGGCAGAACACUUUGAUGGAAUGGUCGAUGACAGAUAGGUAUUUCGAAUUCAUGGAAAUGCCCCAUCUAAGUUUAAUUAGGCUAUUUUAAUGCAAUUAAUGGACCCUUGAAAAAUAUUGACCAUUCCGCAGCGCGUUUAAUCCGUUUGUGUAUUUAAAGACUAGUGUUUUGAAACAAACUCAACGUUUGACGGUCUUUUCGAAAGGUAAUUUAUGUUAAACAGUCCUGCUACUUCUAUCAAAAUGUCGGUCUACUUUAAUGUGUUGUAUUUAUAUAAAUAGGCCGAUAAUAAAUUAAGCACAGGGUAGCCUAUUCAAAGCACAUAAACUAGAAAAUAUAUAAUUUUAAUAUAUGCACAUUGCCUUUUAAUUUCGUUAGAUCAUGAGAUAAUUAUCAUCAUGGUCACUACUAUAUUUGAUAUUAUGAUGACGGUGAUUAUGAUGGUGAUGAUGAUGAAUCGUAGUAAAAGGAGUAGUUGGUCUAUUUCACAGAUAUGUGCUUACUUUAAAAACCUGUUUAUUGUGUAUUUGUGUAGACAUUUGUAUUCGCUGUCUGUCUGCACGGUGCAUACUUAAGUCAAAAUGCUCUGUGCAGAACACUAAUUCCAGAGUGUUGAUGAAAUGUUAAGUUCUAUGAAGGACCACGCGCCUACACUGUAAGGCAAAAGUAUGAAACAUUCUAGGUGACACACAUUCUGAUAUACAGCGGGGAAAAAAACGCUUUGUCCGUACGGUACGGUUUGCGGUACCACAUGAUGACCGAAUACGUCAUUGGCUGUGCCUGAUCCGUCUUUCUUUUACCUUGCAAAAUUAUAAUGGCUCAAUAAAUGUUCAGGCUAUAGUUGGUCUGACAUAGCCUGGGAAAAAAUGUGGGUUUUUUUUUUCGUCCAAUUGAGCAUCGACCCGGAAGAGCUCUAAACUACUCAAAGUACCUUACAUGGAUGCUUUAGUAGGUGUGCGCGUUUCUGCUGGCUGUGGUGUAACGUGCCCAGGUUUUCCCCUCGCCGUUCGAAGUCAAUGCCGUCACCACGUCAAUCUAUGUGUCAUUUGUCCGAAAAUCUGUGCAGGGCUAUACAAGAUAAUACCCGACCUCUGCUACGCAGAUAAUUUUUAUGAGCCUUCACUAUCGUCGAUGGAGGUAACCACGGACCAGGCCCGCUGGAUUGGUCAUCAUCAUCCAGCGGUACUGAACGGUCAGCAUCCCGACUCUCACCACCCGGCCUUUGGCCACUCCUACAUGGACCCGUCUCAGUACCCCCUCGCUGACGAUGUGGAUGUACUGUUCACCGAUGGACAGAGCAACCACGUCGCCGCUUACUGCGGUAACUCCGUCCGAGCCGUACAGAGAUACCCGCAUCCGUCACACAGUAGCCAGGUAUGCCGUCCGCCACUACUCCAUGGCUCCUUGCCGUGGCUGGACGGAAGCAAAGAUCUCGGGACGCACCACAACUCUUCGCCCUGGAACUUGAGCCCCUUCCCCAAAUCCUCUCUACACCACGCUUCCCCCGGAGCCCUUUCCGUGUACCCGCCAGCAUCCUCAUCCUCCCUGUCCAUCGGCCACUCCAGCCCACACCUCUUCACUUUACCCCCGACCCCUCCGAAAGAUGUCUCCCCGGAUCCGAGAAUCUCUAGGCCGGGAUCGAACAGUUCCGGUCGCCAGGAGGAAAAAGACUGCGUAAAAUACCAGUCGUCCAUGUCGGAAAGCAUGAAAAUGGAGACAUCUCACUGCCGGACUAUAGCGGCGCCUUCCUCCCACCACCCCAUCGCAUCUUACCCAUCUUAUGUGCCCGACUAUGGCUCGGGCCUCUUCCCACCGAGUAGCCUGAUAGGUGGGUCAUCUUCUAGUUACGGUUCCAAAACAAGACCAAAAUCAAAGCCCUGUUCAGAAGGCAGAGAGUGCGUUAACUGCGGAGCUACCUCCACCCCUCUCUGGAGGAGAGAUGGCACAGGUCACUAUUUAUGUAACGCCUGUGGACUCUAUCACAAGAUGAACGGACAGAACCGGCCGUUAAUUAAACCAAAGAGACGUCUGUCUGCAGCCAGACGGGCGGGUACCGCGUGCGCAAACUGUCAAACGUCCACAACUACGCUUUGGAGGAGAAAUGCCAACGGGGACCCGGUCUGUAACGCAUGCGGGCUAUACUUCAAGCUUCACAACAUUAACCGCCCCCUGACCAUGAAGAAGGAGGGAAUCCAGACCCGGAACCGAAAGAUGUCUGGCAAGUCGAAGAAUCGCAGGAAGUCCCACGACGGCGUGGAGCACUCGUCCAAAAGCGGCCCCUUCGGCUCCGUGGGGCUGUCCCGCCACCUCCCCUCCCUGCCCCCCUUCUCGCACUCGGGGCACAUGCUGACUGCGCCCGUGUCUAUGCACCCCUCGUCCGGCUUACCGUUCGCCCCUCAUCACCACUCCAGCAUGGUGACUGCUAUGGGAUAAGCCCCCCUGUACCCCCACCUCCUUGUAGCUCUCCAAAUAUGUGCGGCCAGACGCUUGAGAGACCACCCUCCAAAAGACUGACCCAAUGUCCUGGGAGACUGUCCCUCUGCCCUGGGAUUGUCCCUUCGCCCAGAGAGACUAUCCCCUUUGCUCAGAGUGACUAGCCCUUUGCCCAAAGAGACUAGCAUUUUACCCAGAGAGACUAGCCUUUUGCUUAGAGAGACCAGCCCUUUGGCCAAAGAGACAAGCCCUUUGCCCAGAGAAACUAGCCCUUUGCUCCGAGAGACUAGCCCUUUGCCCAAAGAAACUAGCCCUUUGCCCAGAGAGACACCGCCACACUCGGAGGCUGUGUACUUGGAUGUGAUGAAAUUUGGGCUUCAUUUGUGUGACGUUGCAGAAGCCAUUUCUCACAAAGGCGGCGAGGUAAAACAGCCCAGACCUCUGGCAACCCCGUUAAACGGGGUUCCCUCCUUCUGCGAAAAUGAUACAAGUAAACUUUUGAUGCAUUGGUACAGAAUGUAUGAAGUACCCUAUGUUCAUUGAAGACUUUCUUAAAGUGUCCAUGAGCUGCUGCAAGAGGAGUGUGAGAUACAUUAGUCAGACUAAGGGCCUUGUCUGGAGACCAAGGCCAACUCUGUCCCCAGGGACACGCAUUUGACCGUAAAUGGAGGGAUUGACCACACCCAACGCAUCUCAGCUGAGCUUCAGGUCUUAACACAAUAUGCACACACAGUGCACACACACAUUUCUGGCUGGCCCACGAUCAUGUGCAUUUGUGAACAAGUUUCUGUAUUUGUCAUUUGUAUGUAUAAUUCAGAGUACCAAAAAUAUGUUUAAAAAAAAACAAAGAUGUUGAAUUAUUUCCUAAUUUAAUGCGAACUGGCUUGUGUUAAAUAAAAAAAGACUGCUUUUCGUUUUUGUAAUAAUGUUUUUCCUUUGGAAAAAAAUAAACAACUUUGAACUCUGUUGACUUCA